AGGCAGCUACACAAAUCAAACCCCCCCCCCUCCCAGCAAACUGCUGGGACGGGCCCGAUCCUGCUCCCGCCGUGUGAGUCGGGGGCGCCUCCCAUUGACCCCGGGAGCGGCUCCGCGGCCAGCCACACGCCCGAGCGAGCGAGGUGGGCAGCGCUAGGGCCGGGGGCCUGAAAUGUAACAUUUCAGCAAGUUAAAAUCUCGCUCUGGAAAUCCCCCGAGCCCGCCUCAAACCCCCCUCCCGGGGGGGGGGGGGACCUCGCCCAGCCCCUGGGACAGCGAGCCGCACUGGGUGGGGGGGGGGGGGGGUGUAGCGGUGCCUCCUCCCCCCCACGCCCAGCCGGGCUCUAGCUCGCUCCGCGGGGACGCGCCUGGGCGGGCGGGCGGCGAGCGCGGGCCCUUUAAGACCGGCGCGCGGGGCUCUAUGCGCGCGCGCGAGAGAGAGAGCGAGCGCGAGAGAGAGAGCGAGCGCGAGCGAGCGAGCGAGCCCGCCCCUGCGCUGUCAAUCAGCCGGCGGCUGCUUUGAUGUCUCCAGCCCUUGGCUGCUGAGGCUCCUCCGCCUCGCUCGCACACACCGCUCGGCGCCGGGCGCUCCAGAGCCGUGUCUCUGCUGGUCGGAGCCUCGGGCUUGCACUACCCCGGGCUGCUACUUCGCUGAACUUUCCGGGGGCUGGGGGGGGCGGGCGGGGAGGGGGGUUGCUGCUGGCCCCGGGAUCCUGCUGCUGCUGCUGCUGCUGCUUCAUCAUCCCCCCCCCCUGCAGCCUUGCAACCCCCCCCCCCCUGCCCCCGCCCCUUCCCCCUCAAAAGGGUUUGAUCUUCGGGGGGUGGGGGGAGCGCGGCUGCAGCCGGCGAAGUUCCCGUGUGGCUCGGAAGGGGCGAGGCGGGGCCGGGGGGGUGGGGACCAUGCCCCAGCUCAGCAGCGGCGGCGGGGAUGACCUGGGGGCCAAUGACGAGAUGAUCGCCUUUAAGGACGAAGGGGAGCAAGAGGAGAAGAUCCAGGAAAACGCCUUCACCGAGCGCGACCUGGCCGACCUCAAGUCCUCGCUGGUGAACGAGUCGGAGAGCAACAGCAGCCCCGCUGCCGCGGCGGCCGAUCCGGAGGCGAUCAGGCGUGUGCAGGAUCCUCAAAGGGUUUAUCAGGAGAAACUCCCGGAUCACAUGGAAGAUGGUAUAAAGCAUCAGGACACGGGGAUGUACAAAGGAUCUGCUUAUUCUGGCUACCCUUUUCUAAUGCUCUCAGACCCUUAUCUGCCAAAUGGAUCUAUGUCACCUUUGUCCAACAAGGUUCCUGUAGUGCAGCCGUCCCACGGAGUCCAUCCACUCACCCCACUCAUUCCAUACAGCAACGAACAUUUCAGCCAUGGCUCCCAUUCACCACACCUGCCAGCCGACAUCAACCAGAAACAAGGUGUACACCGUCCUUCCCAAACAUCGGAUAUCCCUGGUUUCUACUCCCUCCCUCCUGGUGGGGUUGGACAGAUAACACCUUCUGUGGGAUGGCAGAGCCAGUCUGUCUAUCCGCUUCCGUCAUGUGGAUUUAGACAGCCGUAUUCGUCAGCGCUCUCUGCUGGGGCUACUUUCUCCAGGUUUACACAUCCCCUGAUGCUGAGCUCUGGAAUGCACACCACUGGAAUCCCUCAUCCAGCCAUAGUACCCCACUCUGGGAAGCAAGAAAUGGAUCAUUAUGACCGGAGCAUGAAACCCCAACCAGAACCAAAGAGAGAGAAGGAAGCCAAGAAGCCCACUAUCAAGAAGCCCCUGAAUGCUUUCAUGUUGUAUAUGAAAGAAAUGCGGGCAAAAGUCAUUGCUGAGUGCACCCUGAAAGAAAGUGCAGCUAUCAAUCAGAUUUUAGGAAGGAGGUGGCACGCACUGUCACGGGAGGAGCAGGCCAAGUACUAUGAACUGGCCCGGAAGGAACGGCAGCUUCACAUGCAGCUCUACCCAGGCUGGUCUGCUAGAGAUAACUAUUCUUCAGGCUCUUCAGCCCGUGAACACACUCAGUUAUACUCAGGGCCCCUGGAAUUCUGCGGCACUUCAGGGCCAGUUUCUGCGGCAAGGGGAAAAAAGAAAAGACGUGCAAGAGAAAAGCAGCAAGACUCCAAUUCAGCUGUAGAAGAGUUCAGGAUGGUGUCCCCCUCCUCCUCCUCUGAACAGGGAUGGUUACGAACAUGCUAUCGUUGUUGGGUUCUCAGAACGAACUAUUGAUAACUCUCUUCACUGUUCUUAGGAGGAAAAAGAAGUGCAUUCGGUACUUACAAGGAGAAGGACGCUGUUCCAGCCCAGUUUCUUCCGAUGGAAGUGCUAUAGACUCCCCUCCCUCCCCUCUGGAUACACUCCAAUGCAUAUCCUCUGCAUUUACUUCAGACAAGCUUGUGACACCUGCUGAUUUCGCACACAAAGAACAAAGCAAUGCUUUCCCCACCUCUAUUCAUGUCAAAAGCCCUCCAUGCUCCUCUGGACUGACCACUCACUGCUCAUCCACCCUGUGCUCAUCCACGCCACACGUGUCAGUAGCAUCCAGCGACUCCUCAGAGUACAGUGUGCCAUCAACAGGAACAUAGUGCCACAUUGUACAAGUCAACACUUACUAAUGCAUUGGGCACUUUGCUUUUACCAAGUGGUUUUGCUGCCCAUUGAAAUGGACUGGAGGCCCAUCCAAAUUACUCACCAUGCUGUAAAACUGUGUUUUCAAAGUCAAGGGGCAGCUGUGUCCUGAGCCCCAAAAUGAUUCAAAGAUGAUGGAAUAGUCAACAUUUUUAUCUGGAGCAAAGAUAGAAAAAUGGUGUCUCCCUCCAUAAAAAGGUUGAAAUGAGGACUCGCCAAAAUUAAAAAUGCCCAUCAGUAAACGAAUCUUUCAUCCCCACCCUGAGCUUCCUUUUACUGCAUCAUCUGCUCAAGUAGCUGAAAGUGAAAGCUAACUCCCUGGCUUGUUGCAGUAGAUGGUAGGUGCUAUAAAUCUUAAGCAUUGGUUUCUGUUUCUUGCAUCCCAAACAGCUUUGAACUGUAGUCAGUCACAGAUCUCUUGUAGCUAUUUCACCAUGGAGUUAGGAAAGCUGGUACAGGAGCAUUUUUUAAAAAGCCCGUCUCUGUCCGAGAGCUAAAUGUUGGGAAGCUAGAUUUCACUCUGACUGGCUCACAAGAAAAAAGUGAAAUAUAGGCAAAUGAGGUGAAUAUUAUUCAACUUCUUGUUUGAGGACAGAAAAAUAUUGUUUACAGUAACAGGUCUUUGCAGACAUGUCAAGUUCUCUUAGCAUACAGAAUGGCAGACAAACAGUGAGAGCACUCAAGGCAGAAAAGGAAGCUUGGACUGGCUGCUUGAAGGUCUAUCUAUCCAAUGUUUCUUUGUUUUAGAGCUAAAAUACAGUAGUAACAUGUCAGUCAAGUGCAGUCCUCCUUGCUGCUCAGGUUGUUCACGGUAAACACUGGAGAGUCAGACUCCUUCAAUAAAGGACCUUGCAAAGGCUCAAAGUAGACCCCAUUUGCCAUUAAAUAUUUGAUCCUACAAGUCCUUGCAUAAUAGCUGCAUCACGGUGCGCGAGAUUAAGAAUCAGCCCAAGUAUAAGUAGAGCAGAGGUAUGCAAAGUACGGCCCGUGGGAACAUCCUGCCUGGCCCUUGAGCUCCCCACCAGGGAGGCUAGCCCCUGGCCCCUCCUCCACUGUCCUCCCUUCCUCCCUCACAGCCAUGUGGCCAGCAGUCGAGGUGGCGGGCUGCGCAGUCCUGCAGGGCAGUGUGGCUGCCAGACAUGCUGCUCUGAGCGGCAUGGUAAGAGGUCCAGGGCGCAGUCAGGGAGCAGGGGGCGGUUGGAUCGGUGUGGGAGUUCUGGGGGGGGGCAGACACGGGACAGUGGGGGUUGGAAAGGCAUGGGAGUCCCAGGGGGCCUGUGAGUGAGUGGGGGUGUGGAUAGGGGGCAGGGCCAUCAGGGGACAAGGAGCAGGGGGGUUGGAUGGGUUGGGAGUUCUGAGGGGGGCAGUCAGGGGGUGGGCCUGGGCAGGGGCAGGCUGUUUGGGGAGGCACAGCCUUCCCUACCCGGCCCUCCAUAAAGUUUUGCAACCCCGAUAUGGCCCUCAGGCUAAAAAGUUUGCCCACCCCUGAAAUAGAGGCUAUAUGUAAGGUCAAAGCAUGGCCUGCUGCACAGAGCUGCUGUAACUCAAGCCCCUGUGGAUUCACUCCCUUACGCUUACCAACCCAGGGUAGGGUAGAGUGGACAUGGCUUGAGCAUGAUGCUCAUCACGUUCAUGAGGCGCUUAGCUCCACUCUCCCCUUGGAGGCAGGGAUUUUGAGGCAGAUCACAGAGUCCCUGCUGUAGGGUUUUGCCCCCCACACUCCCUGCCCAUCACCUUUAACCUCAGAUGUCACUCUGCAGCUAUGCAGUGCAGGAUCAAGCUCUAAAUAUGGUUAUACGUGAAAUGAGCUGGUAUACAACAUCUACUAGCUAGUUAAACUGUAGAUUUUACAAUGCAAAUGAUUUCCUCUCUACUCCUUUUCCCAUCUAGUGGCUGUCAAACAUUAAUACAUUCUCUCGCUCUUGAAAGUGUCUAUGGAUUUCUGAUAUUUUAUUUAUAUUUUGAGCCUGGUAAACAAAAACCUUUAGGGGCCAGAUUCUGAUCUCAGUUCCACUAAUGUAAAUCCAGAGUUAUUCCACAAAAGGAACUGGCAUAACUCCAGAUUUAUACCAUUGUAACUAAGAUCAGAAUCCAGACCCUUGGUUUUUUUCCCGCUUUAUAAAAACUACUACUACUUCUAGACUGAAGAGAAAAGUACCAUAAAACAUUGGGGGGGGGGCUAUUUUUUCUAUUGUACACAAUAGGAUUUAGAAUACUGAAUACAAACUUAAAGUAGUAUUAUAUAGGCUUGCAAGAAAUUUAAAAGAACCUUUGAUAUACAAACUAUUUUUGUAUUUUUUUUCUUAAAGCAACAAAACCUUUUUUAUAUAUGUUUAUUCCAACUUUUUUUAAUAGGUAUCUAUAUCAGAGACUGAAGAUUAGAAAGCUGCUUAUAGUGUAGAGCACUAUAGUUAUUGGUUCCCCCCACCCCCAUUUAGUUCCUUUUGCUUGAAGUUGCUGUAGAUUUUUUGGGGGGAAGGAGGGUGGAGAAGAGAACGAUGCAAAUUCUUUGCAAGAAAAUCUAAAGCUGUUGCUUUAUUAGUUUCUGUUCUCUGUGCAACUGUAACCUCUGUUGGUACUAAUGGAAGUUACAAGCACAAAUCCAAAAGAGCCUAUUUAACCCUUAGACCACUGGCAUUGUCUACACUGCCACACAUGUAUAUGUAAAAGCAUAUGCUGACUGUCACCACAUGGUUAAUUAUCUAGCACUGGAUCAAUAUUUGAACUAGUAGCAUUUAAAUGAUUUCUAACCAAAGUGGUUAAAGCUGAGGUAGGUAACUAGUUGCAGCUUAACCACUGACUGUAACCUUACGUAAGUCUCUUCACCACUCUGUGCCUCACUUUCCCCAUCUGUAAAAUGAGAAUGCUAAUCUUUUUUCAAGUGCUCUGAGAUUCUCAGAUAUAAAGUGCUGUGGACAUGACAAGUAGUAGUAUUAUUAAAACCACAAGAUAUGGUUCAGCUAUAGCAUGAGUUAGUGGUUGGGUAUGUUAGUAAAAAAAUUGGGUGUAAAGUGAAAUUUGCACCUACUAUGGUUGUGCAAAACAAAUGUAACCUACCCCCUAGCAGCCAUCACAGGAGAGUACAAAUGGACAAACAGAUGUGACUAGCUAACACUCCAGGAUACUAUGGGAGAAAAUCCUGCAGUAUAUAAAUAGCACCAUUUGACCAAGAGCCAAACUCAAUGCUGGAGUAAACAGACACCACUACCACUGCCUUCAGCAUUCAGUGGAAGUUGCACCCACUUAGUCUAAUGCUAAUUGGGACCCCAGAAAUGCAUGGCAACAUCUGGGAAGGGCUGCCUGAUAUCACAGUCUACGCAGCUGAUUUCUAUUUCCCAUUGGUGCAGGAUCUGCUUAGUAGCACUCUGGCUAACAGCCCCCGUUCCUGCUAUAGCUUUUCCUCUUCUACCCAAAGUGAUGUUUGCAUAGCUAUGGAAUGAGGAUCACUGGAUCCCUUUGCAACUUAUACCCAUUUUCUGACUACUGUACACUAUCACUAAAUGUGUCCCUUAACCUCUAGCCUUGUUCUGAGUUUGUGCAAAAUAUAAUUUGCCCUGCUUUAGGUGUACAAGUUCAGCUGUUGACCCUAUCCUCUGCUCUCAGAUACCAGGCUAAAUUCAGUAAGUCCUGUGGGUGGAGGACUGUAACUCCAAUUUACACCGUGUGUGUGUGUGUGUGUGUGUGUGUGUAACAGAGUAGACUUCAAUUGUUUGGUUUUUGAAACAUGCAAGGAGACCUUUAAGCUGCCCAUUCCAAGGAAAAAUAUUGAGUAAAUGUUAUCACCUUUUACAACUUGCCAUAGGAAGCCAAAAAACAGAGAUCCUAAUUUUUUUAAAUACCAAAAAAAAUGCCUUUAGAGAUGCUAUAGGAAGUUUUACUUUUUUAAAAAAACAAAACAAAACCUUGCCUGUAAAUUUUUACUGCAGCAUGAGUAAAAUCUCAUGAGACAAUUUCAUUUUUUUAAUUACCCAUGUGAUUUCCUGUUUGAAUGUAGAAGUCACAGAAAUACCACUUCAUUAAGUCAAGUAAAACCACUGUAUGUAUGUAGCACAGAAGUGUUUUGCAGCUGUACUUUCAUUUGUCCAGUAACUAUCCACCAUAUACUGUAAUUUUUUUUACAUCACUGAGUUUGUAUUUUUUGGCUUUUAUGUUCAAAAUAUGUUUAUAGCUUUAUAAAUAAAGUGUGCCAGCCUGGCCCUUCAAAAAGGGCCACUGUGGGUUAUAAUCCUAUACAAA